AAUUUCCUGUCAACUCCAUCAUCAUGCAUGCUUGCUUGGCUGAGAAGUGAUAGCAGCAUCUCCCCUGCCGGCUAUCUCCAAUUCCUGUCUUUCUGCUUGUAGGCGUUCCAUUUGGAAGUGCUCAUCUUUCCAUUUUAGGAUGUGUGUGGGGAGUUGAAUCUUGGAAGGCUUCUUGAUUUCGUUUCAUUUUUUUAGGUCAUCUCCCUUGGUUCUUGUGGUCGUCUGAUACUAUUGCUUCUGUUCAUCUCUCAAAUCUCUACUUCUGGAGUCCAUGUAGUUUACUGUUCAUGAAUCAUUCAUAUGCUGGAAUUUUGUUAGGAUCCAUGUACCUUUUAGUGAUAGGAAGAUGCUACUAGUUAUUGAACACCUCUAGCUUGUGGCUUAUCCCCUUCCUUUUUCUUCCCGGUGAUCAUAUCGCAAUCACCAUGGGGAGAUCCUUUUAGAGCUUGUGUGCUGAAAUCGCAUAUAUUUUCCGGGAUUUCCUGACCUGCGACUACAAUGGCGAGUAAUCCGUCGACGUUCGCGCCAAUCGGGGUGGAUGCCAUGACUGGCGGCUACUUCAUGGCGGGCGGUGGAGGCGGCGGCAUGAUGAGCGCCGAUGCGCCGCACUUCCACCCCAGCGUGCUUCUUGAGCACGGCGGGUUUGGCUUCGGCUUCGGCGACGCGGCGGUCGGCGCCGCCGCGGCGCCGUCGGACCUGGGCGUGAACUACGCGGCAAACAACGCCAUGCUGGCCUCCUUCGCCAGCCACCUCUUCGCUACCGCUGCCGCGCCGCCCCUGGAUGAUCACUUCGGCGGGAGGACGCCGCCGGAGAUGGACGAGGGGUAUGGAGCUGGCAGCGAUGGAAGCUCCGCGGCGAGCCUGCAGUGCCCCGGCCACUCGGGCGCCAUGGCGGUUUGGUCGUCGUCAUCGUCGUCCAAGAAGCCGGCCGGCACUUGGAUCACCGCCGGCGGGUCCAGAGCCGUCUCGGUCCACGAGCCGUACUACCUCGCCGGAGUCCCCGACGUCGCCGGUUUCCACUACCCGCUUAUCGCCGCCGCCGCCGCCAAUGCGCCGGCGUCGAGCGAGUUGUCGCUGACCCUGUGCUCCAAGUCUUUCCCGGACAGCGCGCUGAACGGCGCCGAGCAGUGCUCGUCGGGAGCGAGCCGCUCCGCGCUGACCGAGCUGCCGCAGGCGCGCCCCCGGCCGGCGCACUUCUCCGUGGUGGUGGCGCGCUCGCGGUACGCGGCCGUGGCGCAGGCGGUGCUCAACGACGUCGCCGGCCACCUGCUGGACGGCGUCGCGGACGUGGCCGCCGACUCGUGCAGCGGCGGCGCGAGGCCGUCGAGCGGCUCGGUCGGCGCGCGCGCGCCGACCGUCGUGAGCUCCAACCGGCUCCUGGCCUCGUCCCAGGACGGCGGCGAGGCGCAGAGGGUCAGGAGCCACCUCCUCAAGAUGCUUCACCUGAUGGAUGAGAAAUACAACCAAUGCUUGAACGAGAUCCAGAGCACGACGGCCAAGUUCAACGCGCUGAUGCAACCGGGCGCCGCCGGCGUCGUCAGCAGCGGCAGCAUCCGCGCGGCGUUCGCGCACCGCGCCGUGUCGGCGGUGUACCGCGGCCUGAGGCAGCGGAUCGCCGGCGAGAUCAUCGCAGCGGCGAGCCGGGCCGCCGGCUGCUGGGGCGAGUCGUCGUCGUCGGUGACGGCCGCCGGCGACGCAGAGCGGAGCUGGGAGUCGGCGUUCAUCAGGAAGCACUGGGCGGCGCAGCAGCUGCGGCGCGGCGAGCAGCAGUGCUGGCGGCCGCAGCGCGGCCUGCCGGAGAAGUCCGUGGCCGUGCUCAAGGCGUGGAUGUUCGAGAACUUCCUGCACCCGUACCCGAAGGACCAUGAGAAGGACGUGCUGGCUUCAAGAAGCGGCCUUACCAGGAACCAGGUGUCGAACUGGUUCAUAAACGCCCGCGUCCGGCUGUGGAAGCCCAUGAUCGAGGAGAUGUACGAGGACCAGAAGAAGAGCUCGGGUGGGCAGGGGGCGGCAAUGGAGCCUCACACGAGCAAGCGUCGAAUUCGCGAGGUAGAAGAAGGCCAGGGAACUCCUUAGCCUGCAUCAGGAGCUGCUCUUUCUAGCACCCAGCUCCUGCCAUGCUGUCAUUGCUCUGUUAUUGGCCCGUGUAAUUUCCUUCUGUUAUGUACAUAUCAUUGCCAAUGCCAGCAUUUCCAAAUAGAUCUUCAGAGCAUCCUGGUUAGUUCACUUGGAAGAGAGACAAGGGGACUACUGCUGAAUCACUUGAGCAUGUAAUGUACCCCGGUCCGGUUGGUCAUUCAGGAGGUGAUUCUAAUCGGCAAUGUGGGCAGUUUCAGACAGCAGAUUC